CUCUUUUAGUCUUUUUUCUUUUCCUUUCUUUCUCCAGCUCUCUUUGCCGUAAGGCUAAGAUCAAGUGUAGUAUCUGUUCUUUUCAGUUUAAUCUCUGAAAGUAUUCUAAGGAAUACAACAUUGAUUAAUCUCAUUUUUGGAUCCCGCCUUCGGCCCUCUGUGCUUGCGCAUGGCUGUUCGCACCGUGUCCUCGGUCUUACACUACCACCGAGUGAUGCGAAAUACCAUCCUUUUUUUUCAUCAGCUUCUGUCGGCUUGACCGAUGGGUUGGAGAAGAAAAUGAUAAUUUUUUCUUUAUUAUAACAACUAAAAAUCACUUGUUUUGGGCCUGGUUUUAAGUCUCUUGUCUGAAAGCUGGAAAAUGUUGUGGUGGCGGAUAUUGGUUGCUAUCGAUUAGCUUUUUGAGUUGUGUGAAAAGUUGUAUUAGCACUCACUCCCAAUGCGGAAAUAAGCUCAACGUCUGGUCUCGGUAACAAACCGUUUGAUAUAUCAAUCAAUCCUCUUCACAUCUCCCACAUAUUCCCCUUCACAAAAUUUAUACAAAACCUAGAACGUACUCAUUUUUGCCCCUCUACUUCUCUAUUGCGAGAAGUAUCGCCACCAUGAUUGACCCCUCCAUCUUCGAAACCUUGCAGACCAAGAUAGAUGAGGAGAGCCGGAUUCGCGAUGAACUCCAAGAUAUUGUCCAGACGCUGUCGAAACGCGGCCGUUCUACGUUAGCCAUUUUGUCGCGGGCUCAUUCGACUCCAGCUGAUCAAUUAACCCCGGUCCUCGACGAAGCCGCCAAGGAGAUACGCGCGCAAAAGGAAGACGUCACCCGCCUCGUCUCCGUGGCGUCCCAACACCCCUUCUACAAAUACAACCAUAUCUGGAGCCGGGAGUUGCAGAAUCUGGUCUUCACCAUCCAAUUCUGCGCAUGGCUAGGCGGCCUGCGCGAUGCGCGGGAUGAGAAAGCCAAGGGCUUCAUGACAAUUGAGGAGGUUGGGGAGUUUUUGGGUGUCCCCGUCAACCUCAAGGACCAAGAUUCCUUCCACCUCUCCAUCGAAGAGUAUCUGCAGGCGCUGAUAUCGCUGGUGGAGGAGCUUAGCCGACUAGCCGUCAACUCCGUGACACUAGGCGACUACUCGCGGCCGCUGCAGAUCAACAAAUUCGUCUCAGACCUGCACGCGGGAUUCCAGCUGCUGAACCUGAAGAACGACAGCCUGCGCAAGCGGAGUGAUGGGAUUAAAUAUAGCGUGAAGAAAGUCGAGGAUGUCGUGUAUGACCUCUCCCUGCGAAACUUGGUGCCGAAACCGAAACCCGCUGCUGCCGCGCGGGAUGAACAGAUGAGUGGAUAAAUGAUUUGAAUGGAUGGAUGUGCAACCCCAUGUCAUGAGUGGAUGAAAUCGAAAGGGAUAUAAUGCUGGGAAAAUUGAUCUCCCGCCUGGGUCGAAAUAAAAUUCAUUCUAUACCCGAAGUAAAUGCGUGAAUGAAUGAAUGAAUGAAUGGCUGAAGUCGUUGAAACUCCUAUCCUCUCUUCCCCUCUUCUGUUUAAGGAAUUUUAUAAAAUAAUUCUCCCAUUCAAAGCUACGCUCUAAGCGUCUGCCCGAAAGCAAACCAAAAAAGAGCGCAAACAUACCACUCAAGUUUAGAUAAACUGAAAUACAAUUUCGUUUUACUUGUAUCUAUUUUUUUUCUUUUCCAUAAGUAUACAAAAGGCUCUCGGUUUUUCCUUGUUUGGUAUCAUAAUAACAGCUGAGGAUGGAGCAGAGAGAGAGAGAAUACACAGCGUAAACUGAAACACAAAAGAGGACAUUAAAAGUGGGAAGAAAAGCUAUCCCAGCAAGGGAACAAAAAGUAAACACAACAGCAACUAAACUAAGCGUGACCAGGGGGGAAUCUCUGAUAACAAUUUGAUCGUGUACGAGAACGUAGGGGAUCGAGUUAGAGCAUUGGAUCCGGGACGGGGUGUAAGAAUAGCAGAUUAAUGGCACCCGCCCAUCACGAAAAACCAGUGCAAACAAUGCGGUAAAUAUAUGCAUAAACAUAAACCAAGACAAAACAAGAAUCCACCAGAGGGGAAAAAAAGCGGAA